ACCAUCUUCCUCGCCCGGCCCGAACCAGCAGCUUGCGCUCUGUUCUUGUCUUUCUGCUGCGCGCUUGGCGAUAUUCGUCACCGGCUUCAUCUAAUCCUUCAAUCAAGACUCUCGUCGCGCUCCAAGCCUCAGCCGCGCCCCACUCGAGCCGCUCGCUGCAAAACCGCAGCCACUCUUUCUCACCCGCCAUAUUUAUUCCUCUCCGCGCGCUUCUUAUCCAACCCCACCAAACAGCUAUGUCGGGCGACGGACUCCCGCCUAUGCCGACUCCGGCAGAGUUUCACGCGCAAGUCAGACCCUCCCAGCAACAGCAGCAGCAUCACAACGCGCGCCCAAAGCAAUCAUCCUCGCGUCCUGUCCAGCAGCAAAAAAUGCAGCAACAGCCUCCUCCUUCUCAUUCAUACAGUUAUCAGCAGCAGUAUCAGCAGCCCCAGCAGCCCCAGCAGCAACCUCAGCAGCCACGAUACGCGCAGCAUCAGCCCGUUCCGCCACCACUUCAUCAACAACCCCCGAUACCACAGCAACCCCAGCAACGACAGUACAACGCCUAUCAGAGCGCUCCGCAGACUUAUCAAGAACCACAGCUAUGGAAAUCCCAGCAAUAUUACCAAUCUCCGCCCCCGCAGCAGAUGGCCCAGCAGUCGCCUCCCCAUCUGACACAGCCGCGACAAGGGUCACAGGGAUCUAUCAAUCAACCGUACCAGCGACCAUCAUCAGUCAAGCCUUUUCUGCCACCGCCAUCCGCGACUCCUGCACCAGCUGAGUCAGUAAGACAGAUAUUUAGAAGUGUGGAUGUCAACAACAACGGAAGAUUAUCGGAACGAGAACUUCGGAGCGCGCUGCUGAAUUUUGAUCGCUCCAAAUUUGAUCCGACAACCGUCAAGCUCAUGUUUCAGAUGUUUGACUCUGAUCAGUCUGGCACAAUAACUAUCGACGAGUUUGAGAGGCUUUGGGAUUAUCUAUCUAAAUGGCAAGAGCGAUUCAAGGAGUUUGAUCUUGACAAGACAUUCACAAUAUCACUCACCGAAUUCGAUCUGGCGCUGAAGGCAUUCGGAUAUCGCUUGACGCCAGAUUUUACAAAAUUCGUGUUUAAUUCAUACGUCAAACGAUCAAAUGAUAUGACUUUCGAUCUCUUUGUCCAGUCCUGCGUCACUCUCCUACAUCUCUCGGCUAACUUUAACAAAUACGGGCCCGAUUCAAGAGGCACGAUACAGCUCAACUUUGAGCAGUUUAUGACAGAGGUGAUAAAUCUUCGGUGAUCUUAUCACUCUAUCUUUAGCUUUUAACGCUUUUUUGUAUGACUAUAUCCUUACUCUGAAUUUUGUAUGCCUAGAUUGUAAACUAUUUAAUUCCAACUUUUCCUCUGUAAUUAUAAUCUACA